GCAUGAAAUUAGACUACAAAAACCUCGGCACUCUCGAUUCACAGAUAUGAACUACUCACUCUCUGACUAACUGAUGCGCUCCGCAGUAUAUACUUCUGCAAAGGGUACCUAGCUAUGAAGCGACUAGGCUACCGCAAGUCCCGCACGGGGUGCCUAAGAUGCAAGGAGAGAAGAGUCAAGUGCGACGAGAAACGACCUUGCUCAGCAUGUGUCAGACAUGAGGUCUUUUGCAGUCUUGGUGGCUCGCCUCGUAAUGUUGCUACUGUGCAAACAGUGGAGCAGUCUUCUACCCGUCCGUCAUCAUCCAAACCGAGGUCCAGGCGUGCUGAGCGCUCGCCUUAUCGAGCAGACUCAAGCCCUGGUAGCAGUGUCUCACUAAAAACUCCCUAUUCAUCUGCAGAGCACUGGUCUAAAGUCAGCCGUGGCUUCCCGCCUCCAGGGAGAGGGCAAGAAGAUGGGGCCUAUCAUGACCAUGACGAUCCAUUCUUCUUUUUUGCCGCACUUUUCUCCAACCUCAUACUAGGGGAAAGAGCCAGCUGGGCCUCUGACAUGGAGCUGAUGCACCACUACACUAGCAUAUCCUAUGCCACACUCUCAAAUGACGCUGACGUACAGAAGGUCUUGCAGCAAGAAUUGCCACGUUUGGCCUUUCAACACAAAUUCCUCUUGCAUCAGCUACUGGCUUUCUCUGGCUAUCAUCUCGCAUACCUGAAUGAAGACAACCGCCAUGCAUUCUUUUCGCAAGCAUCUCAGCAUCAGAAUAGUGCUAUAGAGGGUUUACGGACGACACUUGCGAGCGCCCAUAUCUCCGAACACUGCCAUGCGCUCUACGCAGCGUCUAUGUUAUUGACCAUCUGCUCAUUUGCCAGUUUCCCAAGCUACGAUAGAUUCGAUGGCUCCUUGCACCCUGUCGACAACAUCCUCGGUGUCUUUAGCCUUAUCAAAGGAAUGAACAUGAUACAGCUUGAGUCGGAUGGUGAGAUUAGGACGGGGCCACUUGCAACCUUCUUCGGUCGGAUGCAGUGCGGAGGUCCCAAUAGCAAAGAUUCAGGCCUAGGGCUCAUCUCUGCCCAUGUCGAGCAGCUGGGUAUUGCAUUGGGACAAACCACAUUUCUCGGGAGCGAUGCUAUUCACGACUCGUUCGGGACUCGGCAAGCAAUAGCGUCCAUUUCCAGUUCCAUUGAGCAUAGCAUUAGCAGGCUUUCGGCCACGUCAACUGCCUCAUUGCGAGCGUGUUUCCAUUGGCCCAUCCUUAUUGGAACUGACUACAUCGCAUCGCUUCGCCAACGUCACCCAGCAGCCCUAGUUGUCUUGGCAUUUUACUGCACUAUGUUGCGAAUGGCAGAAGGAAGCUGUUGGGCAUUGGAAGGUUGGGCAGAGUCUUUGAUGAAGUGUGUUUGCAACUCUUUGAUGGGAAGUCACUGGGAAACGUUAAUUGAAUGGCCAAAACAAAUCGUGAUGGAUGUUGACCGGGACAUGGUCGUGAAAGAGUAAACAAGUUAACAGCUUCAAUUGAAAUACCUUGGACCGUUGGUGUAGCUCCGUGUUUCUGAUCCCGAGCACUUCAUAGCCUAAUCAAAGAAGAGCCAGGUGGUACUCUAACUCGGCUAAUAUCGAGGCAUGCCGCAUGUGCCAAUCUAUUCUAUUGGCUUGAGAGAUCGCAAGUAGCAUUCAUUCCAGAUGUUAUCAUAGAGCAGCCAUCUUUUCCCUAAAGCCACAUGUUUGUUAGGAGCUAGGUAUGUAGACUGUCGCC